AUGUGCUGCCCUUGCUGGGCAGGGGAAGUGGUGGUGUCUUGUGCGAUUUGCAGAAAGUACGUUCCGCUGCCCAACAGGCCUCAAGUGAAGCUAGGCUCCAGCGCCGGUGUCUUCAAUGCCCAACUUCAAGCUGAUCUCUUUAUGUGCAAGGAGAUCUGGAUCCUUCUGAUCAUCGACGAGGCCACACGGUACAAGCGGCAUCCUCGCGGAACCCCAAGGACUGUGCCGAGAUCGAUGAGCUCGCUGAGGCUGAGAAUGUCGUCACUGGGACUUUUCCCAGAGCAGAAUAUUGGACCCGAAUGCCUGCAUGAUCGAAAGCAGCUGAGUCACCGUGACGAAAGCCGAGUGGCUGCUCCUUACCCAAGGAAACUGGCGUUUGCCUUGGAAAGUCGCAUCGUUGCCGCAAAGAAAGCGACUGACACCCUUGUGCGUGUCUAUGAUUGGGUGUGCUUGCCAAUGAGCCUGCAAAUGAGUUGUGUGAACUUGGCUGCUUGGAUUUGA